AUGCUAUCUCUCAAUCGUUUAACAACAACGAUUCAGAGAAAUAGUCAUUUUAUUAGACAAUCAUCAACAUGUUUAGUUGAUCAUUUAAAAUAUCAUAAUAUCACUUCAAUAUACAAUGAAAAUGGUUUGAGAUCAUAUUCAUCGUCAACAUCAUCGUCGACCAAGAAGAAAUAUUCAAGUGAAUUAAAUAAAUAUAGAAAUAUUGGUAUUAUUGCACAUGUAGAUGCUGGUAAAACAACAACAUGUGAAAGAAUGUUAUAUUAUUCAGGUAUGAUAAAGAGAAUUGGUGAAGUUCAUAAAGGUGAUACUGUUAUGGAUCAUCUAAAGAUGGAGAGGGAGCGUGGUAUCACUAUUACCGCUGCCACCAUUACUUUUCCUUGGAAGGAGAAUCGUAUCAAUCUCGUCGAUACACCGGGUCAUGUUGAUUUCACUGUUGAGGUGGAGCGUAGUGUUCGUGUGAUGGACGGUGCCGUCGCUAUUUUCGAUGCUGUCGCCGGUGUACAGGCACAGUCGAUCACCGUGUGGAAUCAAGCGGAACGCUAUCGAGUGCCGCGUGUCGCUUUCGUCAAUAAGAUGGAUCGUGAGGGUGCCACAGCCGAUAAGACACUCAAGAUGCUCAAGUCCAGACUGAAUGCGCUGCCGUUGCCACUGCAAAUGCCAAUCGAUGUCGGUCCUAUGUUUGGAUCGGUCGUCGACCUGAUAAAGAUGAACGUCAUCGGCUGGAGCGGCGAGAAAGGUGAACUGGUGGAAACGACCGAGUUGCGAGACUAUCCCGAGGAGAUUGUCAGUCGCGCUCAACAGGAGCGAGAACAUCUAAUUACAACGCUUGCCGAUAUCGAUGAGGAUGCUAUGCAAGAGUUUCUCGAGACCGAUGGACAGCUCUCGGAUGAAUCGAUUCGCGCGGCCAUCAGGAGAGUUACCAUUGGCAUGAAAGCAAUUCCCAUACUCUAUGGUUCAUCGCUGAAGAACAAAGGAGUACAGCAAUUGCUAGAUAGUAUUGUUGAGUAUCUUCCCUCGCCCAUCGAUAGAGAGCCACCCUCAGCAACCGAUAUGAGCACUCAGAAGCCAAUGACCAUAACACCGUCGACAAAAGAACCGUUGUGUGCUCUGGCGUUCAAAGUGGUACAUGAUAAGCGUCGUGGAUUAAUUGUAUUCACACGUGUCUAUUCCGGUGUUUUGAAAGCUGGAACGGUUGUAUAUAAUUCGCGAAAGGCAGGCGAGAAGGAGCGUGUACAAAAGUUGUUGCAAGUCGCUGCCGACGACAUGGAGGAGAUUCAAGAAUUGAGAGCAGGAGAUAUCGGCGCUGUUCUCGGACUGAAGGGUGUGUGCACCGGUGAUACGCUGGUGUAUGAAGCGCCGUCCGACAAAGGAUUGAAGCCUGUGCUCAAGGGUAUUGUCAACCCACCGCCAGUGUUCUUCUGCGCGCUGGAACCCGACACCGAGAAGGACUACCAGCCACUCAUAGAAGCGUUGGAAACCAUCCAGAAGGAGGAUCCUUCGUUUUUGUAUCAAAUCACAGAGUCACAACAGAUCCUCAUUAGUGGAAUGGGUGAGCUGCAUCUCGAGAUUAUCAAAGACCGACUCGAUAACCACUUCAAGGUCGGUUGUCGAAUGGGAAGAAUGCAAGUUUCCUACAAGGGAACUAUCGAUGAGAGUAUUCGCGAGGAUGAUAUAUUCGAGAGUUUCGAUGUCCAGACAUCGACCGGACCAAAGACCUAUUGCGCAGGUCUGUCACUCACGUUGGAACCAACGGAGCCGGGCACCGGCACCGAAGUCAAGUUUGAUCUCGACGAUCAGACUUUGAAUUCCAUCGAUAAGUCGGUGUUGGACAAGUUGAAACUAGCGAUUGUCGAAGGUGGUGAGUCAGCAUUCCAACGUGGACUUCCACUGGGUUUCCCAGCGACCGACCUAAGACUGACUGUGCAUCGUAUCGACUACCGAUCGGACAACGAUUCACCACCAUUGGCAUUUAGAAAUUGUGUUAUCCGUUCCGUUAUGAAGAUGGGUGACCAGGCUGGAUCGGUCAUUCUCGAGCCAAUGAUGAAUCUCGAAAUCUCUGUCGACGAGAAAUACCUCGGUAGUGUACUGUCGGACCUUUCACGUCAGAGAAGAGGUACCAUCAAGGAGGUAGGAAUGGAAAAGAAUACACAUAUCAUAUCGGCUUUGGUGCCACUCAAAGAAAUGAUUGGUUAUUCAACUCAACUGCGCUCGGUUACACAUGGAAACGCAUCAUUCACAAUGGAAUACAGUCACAAUGGUCGUGUCAAUUCCAAUGAAGUUGAAAAGAUUCUAAAAGAGAUAAGAGGUUAUUAA